AUGGUCUCGGAUAGGCGCUGGUGUGGAAUGAGAAGAAGCAGAACAUUACGUGCAACCGGUUGUGAUGUCGACUGUUUGGUCCACCAACCGAUGAUCAUUUCUCAUCUAUGGAUCUGCUUUCUCCAAUCCGCCAAGGCUGUUAUUGGUCUGGAUCCUCCUAAGACCACAGUCAGUGACUUGUUUGGGCUCUCUGCGUACCUAAAACAUUUAUGUGUGGUAAGUAGCGUUGAGUAUACAAUCUUGUUAUCAGACACUUUGUGCCUGAUGUGCGAAUUUCGACUAGGGAGGCACUGGACUCGAGUUUCGCUCUUAUUAGAGCGAAUCAGCAGUGUAUAUCCAAUGGCCGUGCCGGGAUUUGAACCCCGGACACCUGACAUGCGAGGUGAGCGUGUAACCACUAAUCCACAAACGCACGUUGGAUGCAUCUGA